UAAGCCAAGAAAGUGUCUGUGGGAGGUGAGUGUCUGCGUGCUAGCUUUCGAUCAUGGCGUCCAGGUUGUUGUGGGCUCGCGGAGCCGCCUCCUACCUGAGGAUCUCUACCUUCCAUAGGGGCUUCUCCACUGUUAUUAAGGAUCUGAAAUAUGCUGAUACACACGAGUGGGUUAAAGUUGAUGGCUCUUCUGCAACAGUAGGAAUCACUGACCAUGCUCAGGAUCACUUAGGUGAUGUUGUAUAUGUUGAAUUGCCAGAAGUUGGUGCCUCUGUUGUGCAGGGAAAGAACUUUGGUGCAGUUGAGAGUGUCAAGGCAACCAGUGAUGUCAAUUCUCCUGUUUCCGGGGAAGUGGUUGAAGUCAACACUGAACUAAGUGGUUCACCAGGAUUGGUCAAUGCGAGGCCAUACGAGAAUGGCUGGAUUAUAAAGGUCAAAAUGAGUGAUACAGGUGAGUUGAAUUCAUUGAUGGACUCCGAGGGAUACUCCAAAUUCUGUGAGGAAGAAGAUGCCAAGCAUUGAAGGAUGUGUUGAAUUUUUCUGGAUCACACUCAUGUUUCCAUGUAUCUGAAGGCUCGUUUGCCUCACCACUGCAUUUCACUUCCCAGAAUAAGCAGUAAUUUUGCCUUUGAGAUCUGUAAGACAAUACUUAGUCUUUUUGUGUUUGUGUGCACUCUAUCCUCUGAUCUCCCUUCAAGAAAAAUUGAAUGCAAAGUUGUGUUCGAGCUGCAUGA